AUGAAUAUAAAAUUUACUCACUUCAUUGGACUGAUGUCUGGAACGAGCUUGGACGGGGUUGAUGGUGUUCUCGUGACUUUUCGUCCGGAAGAACAGCACGCAGCAGGUCCGGCGAAGAAUUUCACGAAAGUCAUCAACUGGAGCCACGUUGAAUUUCCUGAACAGCUACAUCAUGCGCUUCUUGAACUCCAAGCACCCGGAGACAAUGAACUUCACAAAUCCGCCUUAGCAGCAAACGAUCUGAUGCGCGUAUACGCGGUGUGUGUAGAAAACCUAAUCGAGAAUCGGAACAUUCCACGGGAGCAUGUGUUGAUCGGUGCGCAUGGUCAAACUGUUCGUCAUCAGCCAGGACUUGGCUACACUAUCCAAUUGAUAAAUGGAGCCCUUCUCGCAGAAUUGACGAGGAUGAACGUGGUGUGUGAUUUCAGAAGCAGAGACAUAGCAGCCGCGGGUCAAGGUGCUCCUCUCGUUCCUGCUUUUCAUCAGCUAAUGGCGAAGUCGAUUGAAAUGCAGGAAACAGUCUCCUUGUGCAACAUCGGAGGCAUUUCCAACAUUACCGUAAUUCCACGCAACGGAGACGGUACUAUAAUUUUCUUUUCAACUUUCACUGAGCAACAACUGCACAAAGAAUUCAAUUCUCUAAGUAAAAGAAGUUCGGGUGAAUUUUCAGUUUUUGGCUAUGACUGUGGUCCAGGAACCGUUCUGAUCGAUUCAUGGACACAGACGAUUCAAAAACUGCCGUUCGACCGAAACGGAGGAUGGGCUGAAACAGGUCGCGUAAAUGAAAGCUGGCUACGCGAAUUACUGCAACACGAAUUUUUCCAGCUGAAGCCUCCAAAAAGUACAGGCCGAGACUUGUUCAAUCAGCAAUGGCUCACAAGGUCAUUGAAAAAUAGACCGGAAAUGGAACCGCGCGACGUUCAGGCAACUCUCACGAAGCUGACCGCAUCAAGCAUAGCAAAUGAACUCAGAAGAUGCGCAGUUAAGCAAGGUUGCACGCUGAUCGUUUGUGGCGGCGGAGCGAAAAAUGAAUUUUUGAUGAAGUGUUUGAGAACCGAGCUAGAAUCAGUGUUGAUUCUCACAUCUGACCAGGCUUGUGGAAUCCCAGUGGAUCAAGUUGAAGCAAGCGCAUUCGCGUACCUCGCUUUUUUGUUUUGGCAGGGAAGAAGUGGCAAUUACCAGAAUGUUACAGGGGCAAGUGGCAACCGGAUACUCGGGUGCUGGUAUCCACGUUAA